CAAAACUGAACACUACUUGACACUACUUCAAUAUCCUCUCUCACUUUCUCUAAUCUUCAUCUGAACGCCGGCGACCUCGUCAUGGCUCUCCGAGCACUCGCGGCCAGAAAAUCCCUAGCCGGAUUAGGUUUCCAGAGGAUCCUCGGCGCGCGUGGACUGCAGACGUUCUCUCUCCCCGACCUUCCGUACGACUACGGCGCACUCGAGCCGGCGAUUAGCGCCGAGAUCAUGCAAAUCCACCACCAGAAGCACCACCUGGCUUACAUCACCAACUACAACAAGGCUCUGGAGCAGCUCGACGCCGCUAUCACCAAGGGAGACGCCUCCGCCGUCGUUAAUUUGCAGAGCGCCGUCAAAUUCAACGGCGGAGGUCAUGUCAACCACUCAAUUUUCUGGAACAACCUGGCUCCUGUUAAUCAAGGAGGUGGUGAGCCCCCUCAUGGUUCCCUGGGCUGGGCUAUUGACCAAAAUUUUGGUUCUUUGGAAAAAUUAAUCGCAAAGGUCAAUGCAGAAGGUGCUGGCUUGCAGGGUUCUGGAUGGGUGUGGCUGGCUCUAGACAAAGAGUUGAAGAAGCUUGUGGUUGAAACCACUGCAAAUCAGGAUCCAUUGGUCACCAAAGGAGCAAGUUUAGUGCCCUUGCUUGGCAUUGAUGUUUGGGAGCAUGCGUACUACUUACAGUACAAGAACGUGAGACCAGAUUAUCUAAAGAACAUAUGGAAGGUCAUCAACUGGAAGUAUGCCAGUAAAGUGUACGAGAAAGAAAGUGCCUGAGCUUAAAAAGGGUGGCACUGCAACUAGUUGAGCUGCUGAUGAAAUAAACGAUCAUGUAUCAAAUGAAGCCUUCUUCACUGAUGUAUGAAAAUGUGAUAGUACCAGAGCGUGCUCUUCUUUCUUCUGUUUGAUGCGGCUUUGAUCAAUGUGUUCCUGAUACUACAAAAACUGUUUGAAGGAGGUAGUCAUGGCACACAGCGUCUGUUUUACUUGAAUAAAAUCUGUUUGAUGUU